AAAAUAAUUCCCUCAAUCAUUCAAGGUUGUUUCGACUGCAGAGAAAGGAAGAAGACGUGUCGGACGAGCCAGUGGUUUAUAAGCACAGCAGAGCCACGAAUUUAGUGCAAUGUCAGAGAUCCAGGAUCCGAAAUCUGUACAGGACCUGACUGGGGUGGUCCAGACAUUGCUGCAGCAGAUGCAGGAUAAAUUCCAGACCAUGUCAGACCAGAUCAUUGGAAGAAUCGAUGAGAUGAGCGGCCGCAUCGAUGACCUGGAGAAGAACAUUGGUGACCUGAUGACCCAGGCUGGUGUGGAGGAGAUGGAGGCGGAGAACAAGGUCAAGGAGGAACAGGGCUCUGCUUAAAAGGUUUCCAAGUAACAGGAUGGUGGAGACUAAAUGGGAAACAGACCAUUUCCGGAGACAUAUUGUAUAUUUAC